AAGGAUUUAUAACUUAUAUACGUAAUUACGAGAGUUAUGAACAACGGCUUGAAAUUCUUCGUACUUUCUACCGUCAUAUUCGUCGGUUAUUUAUCCACGUGCUUGCAGUUAGUGCAAGCGCAUCGUAACGAUAAUGCUGAACUGGUGAUCAAGGAGAUCGAGGAAAAUCAGAAAAAUUGUAUGCCUCGUUCGAUCAAUGACUUCCCAAAAGACAUCUUUACGCCGGAACAACGUGAAAAGGGGGCGGCUCUGCUACACGCAUUCUUCGGCUUUUAUUGCUUUUUAUUGACUGCUUUCGUCUGUAACGAUUAUCUCUUACCAGCACUCGAUUGCAUCUGUUCGGGAUUGAAUAUCUCAGCUGAUGUUGCUGGUGCCACAUUUCUUGCUACUGCCAGCUGUUUUCCCGAAUUAUUCGUCAGUGUCGUUGGUACCUUCUUAACUGAAUCUGACCUUGGAGUUGGUACCGUAGUUGGUAGUGCAGUAUUCAAUACUUUUGCUACUACAGCCUGUGGAGCACUUUCAGCAAUAAAAGGUAUACAGCUAGAAUGGCAAAUACUGUCGCGCGAUUGCAUAAUCUACGUGAUAUCCGUUGGUUCGUUGGUAUUGGUUAUGUGGGACGGCCUGAUCACCUGGUACGAAGCAACAAUCUUCAUGGUAUUGUUCGUUGGUUAUUUGGUCCUUCUGUUCAGUGGCGAAGGGAUCACACGUUGGUAUAAGAAGAUCAAACAUCUUUGUUGGAACGGUACCGAGUUUUCGGAGGAAAGUGUGACUUCAAAGCCGACGACCGAUCCUAUGGUGCACGGUAUGUACAAGCCAUAUGUUCACGGUGAACUAAUUGCCGAAUACAGGAAAAAGAGCAUCACGAAGAUGGCCGAAAUUAAAUCGACUAAUAAGAAUUUCGAGGAACCACUGGAGAAUAACGAGGAAUUGGUCGAUUAUGUUGAACCAGGUAGGUUUAGGACAAUGAUGUUUAAUUGUAAUUCUUUCAAAUUUUUUUGUCAUCUUAUCUAUUUCCUUUCGAUAUUUCUUUUCUCAGAUACGCCGUUCGUUUUACCGAAAGGUAAUUCGCUAAUGAAGUUAUGGUUUUACUUUACCUGGCCUUUAAGGAUCUCCCUAUUUGUCACCAUACCAGACACCAGAUAUAAAAGAUUUCGUUCGUGGUACCUAUUAACUUUUUUCAUUUGUACCAUGUGGAUCGUAGUAUCAUCUUAUAUGGUAUCUUGGAUGAUGACAGUCGUCGGGGACACCAUGGGAAUCCCUGAUUCCGUUAUGGGUAUAACGUUUCUAUCGGCUGGUGGUAACAUGCCCGAGCUUGUUUCGAUCGUUAUCCUUUCUAGACAAGGUAAUGGUGACAUGGCAAUGAGCAAUACGUUGGGUGCUAAUACUCUUGAUAUUCUUCUGUGUUUGGGUCUACCAUGGCUGAUAAAAACUUUAAUGUCGGGCAAAGACGUCGAAAUCGUAUCCGGUGCUCUCUCUUAUAGCGUCUUAUCAAUAAUCAUUUGCGUUAUAUGCUUCUACUCGGUCACAGCUUUUUACAAAUUUAAGUUGAACAAAAAAGUUGGCGCCGUUUGUCUUGUAAUGUACGCAAUAUUUCUUAUAUUUGCUAUAUCGGUUGAAUUGAACGUAUUCUUUCACGUUAAUUGGCCGAUGUGCGAUCGAUAGUCGAAGAUCGAAUUUAUCGACAAUCGUCGUAACGUUCUCGAAUAUGUUAUGAUACAAAAAUAUGCGCAAAGUCGAAAUGAGAGUAAGAGAGAGAAAGAGAGAGAAUAGGAGAAAAAGAGAGAGGGAAAAAGAGAGAAAAAAGAAUGAAAAAGAAUAAGAGAAAAAUAAAGUGACAGAG